GGCCCGGGCCUGAGGACUGCCCCGCUCCAGCGUCUCAGCUCUGCUGCUUUCCUCUGCUGCAGCGUCAGCACGUCCGCCCGGGCAAGGCCAUGGCCCCCCUGUGGCUCCUCUGGGUGUGGCUGCUGGUCUCAGGGGCCCAAGGCGUGAACGAUGGUGACAUGCGGCUGGCCGACGGGGACGCUGCCAACCAGGGCCGUGUGGAAAUCUUCUACAGAGGCCAGUGGGGCACUGUGUGUGACAACCUGUGGGACCUGACCGAUGCCAGCGUUGUCUGCCGGGCCCUGGGCUUCCACAAUGCCACUGAGGCUCUGGGCGGAGCCACCUUUGGGCAAGGCACGGGCCCCAUCAUGUUGGAUGAGGUCCAGUGCACGGGGACAGAGCCCUCGCUGGCGGACUGCAGAUCGCUGGGCUGGCUCAAGAGCAACUGCCGGCACGAGAGGGACGCCGGCGUGAUCUGCACCAACGAAACCAGAGACGCCCAUACCCUUGACCUCUCCGGGGAGCUCUCAGCUGCGCUCGGGCAGAUCUUCGACAGCCAGCAGGGCUGUGACCUGUCCAUCAGCGUGCAGGUGCAGGGAGAGGAGGAACGGCACCUCUGUGCUCACACGCUGAUCCUGUCCGCCAACCCUGAGGCCCAGGCCCUGUGGCAGGAGCCGGGCAGCAACGUCACCAUGCACGUGGACACCGAGUGCGCGCCUGUGGCCAGGGACUUCAUCAGGUACCUCUACUCGCGAAGGACUGACAUCUCCCUGUCAUCGGUCAAGUGCUUCCACAAGCUGGCCUCUGCCUAUGGGGCCAAGAAGCUGCAGAGAUACUGCGAGAGCCUCUUUGCCAUUCUCCUCCCCCAGGACCCCUCUUUCCAGGAGCCCCUGGACCUCUAUGCCUAUGCACUGGCCACCGGGGACCCCCUGCUGGAAGAGCUCUGCGUGCAGUUCCUGGCCUGGAAUUUCGAGGCUUUGACACAGGCCGAGGCCUGGCCCAGCGUCCCCACAGCCCUGCUCCACCGGCUGCUGCUCAAGAGCGAGCUGGCCGUGCCCAGCGAGCUGGCCCUGCUGAAGGCCGUGGACGCCUGGAACCGGGAGAAUCGCGUCUCCCGCGAGGAGGUGGAAGGCUUGAUCGAGAAGGUGCGCUUCCCCAUGAUGCUGCCCGAGGACCUCUUCGAGCUGCAGUUCAACCUGUCCCUGUACCAGAGUCAUGAGGCCUUGUUCCAGGAGAAGAUUCUGCAGGCCCUGGAAUUCCACACCGUGCCCUUCCGGCUGCUGGCCCAGUACAGAGGCCUGAACCUCACCGAGGACACCUACAAGCCCCGGAUUUACACGUCACCCACCUGGAGCGCCUCGGUGGAGGCCAACUCCUGGCCCGCACGGAAGCCGCAGCUGCUGUAUCAGCCCCGACGGGAGGCUCUGUUCCGUUCUCCUACAGUUGCUUACAACCAAGCCUUCUCCGGCUACGAGUAUUACCCCUACCAGUCCUUCCAGACCCCACAACACCCCAGCUUCCUGUUCCAGAACAAGCUGGUCUCCUGGUCUCUCAUCUACCUCCCCACCGUCCAGAGCUGCUGGAACUACGGGCUCUCGUGCUCCCCUGACGAGCUCCCCGUCCUGGGCCUCACCAAGUCUGGCUACUCAGAUCCCACCAUCGGCUACGAAAGCAAAGCCCUGAUGCUCUGUGAAGGGCGCUUCGUGGCGGACGUCACUGAUUUUGAGGGCCCAAAGGCUGCGAUCCCCAGUUCCCAGGGCACCAACGGCUCAAGGAGCGCUUCCUCCUUCCCUUGCCCUGCUGGGUCCUUCAGCAGCUUCCGAGCUGUCAUCCGCCCCUUCUACCUGACCAACUCCACCGGCGUGGACCCCACCGCGUGGCCCAGAGGCUGGGGGCGGCAAGAGUUAUAGGAGCAUGGAGAAGCCAGCACAUCCCAGAAUGCCCGCACUGAGGGUUCACCUAAUGCACCUCCUGCCUUUCUGCAGCCACCUUCAGCAACCAGCCACCAGAUGUCUCCCCCGCUUCCAUGGAUCUCUCUGAGCUUAGAGAAAUUACUGGAAGAUUUCAACUAGUGCUCACUGGUUGAAAUUCCCAGUUCUCCCACCGCCCGUCUGAUUUCCAGGCCGGGAAGCAACAAGACAAGGGAGGUUACUGUGGGACUUCCCAUGCCCCCCUCAGUGGCUCAGUCCACCACUGUCACUGGCCUGAGGUCAUUAAAGUCACACUGUGGUUCC